AUGCCACCCAGAAUCAUCCUCAUCACCGGAGCAAACUCUGGAGUGGGAUAUGCCACAUGCAAGGUCAUCGCAUCAGCAUCCAAAGAUUUCCAUGUCAUCAUGGCAGCUCGCAGCCUCGACAAAGUAAACGCAGCGAAGUCAGAGAUAGAAGCAAUCGGAAUUCAAGGACAGCUGUCCACAGUGCAUCUUGACAUCACAGACCAAAAGUCCGUCGACAAAGCAGUAUCCUUCGUCGGAUCUACUUUCGGACAUUUGGACGUCCUAGUCAGCAAUGCAGCAAUCGCAGGUCUCGGCCUUCCAGAUUUUAGAUCUCGUAUCCAAGCGGUCAUGAACACCAACGUUGUCGGUACAGCAGCAACCGCCGAGUCUUUCCGACCUUUACUCUUGAAAUCGCCGAAGCCGUACUCAAUUUACGUCUCGAGCGGACUUGGAUCCAUGACUCUUGCCACUGAUCCGAACAACCCGUUGCAUAAAGGACUUCCUGGCGCGGGAGCUUACCGUGCAAGCAAGUCGGCGCUCGAUAUGAUUGUUCUGCAGGAGCAUUAUGAUUUUGGUGAAACGAGUGCGCUGAAAACAUUUGCUUAUUGCCCCGGCUUCGUGAGAUCGAAUCUUCGGGGUACAAGCGAGGAGGCUAUAAGUGGUGGAGGAGCAGCUGGUGAUCCGGAGGUUGCUGGGAAGGGUAUCUUAGGUAUCAUUCAGGGUGAGAGGGAUCAUGAGGCGGGGAAAUUUGUCAAUUCUGAGGGUGGUGUGUAUGGCUGGUAG